CAUGUGUUAUAUAUUUAAUUCGAUAUCAAAUUUUGUUGAAAAAAAUGAUUUAGAUUGGAAGAAACUCAUUGGACUUUGCACAGUUGGCGCACCUGCAAUGAUAGGUGUACGGUCGGGUUUAGCACGUUGUGUUAUUCAUCGGCAAGCUUUGGCUUCCAAAACAUCCCCAAAGAAAUUACGGCAGACUUUGGACUCGGCUACAAGGAUUGUAAACUACAUCAAGAGUAGCGCUUUGAACAGUCGGUUAUUUAAUUUAGUUUGCGAGGAUGUCGAUCCUGAUCACAAAGUGCUUCUGUUCCAUACAGAGGUACGCUGGCUGUCCAAAGGCAACAUGUUGGCUCGCCUUUAUGAAUUGAAAGAAGAGGUAAUUCUUUUUCUUGAGUUCAAAGAAAAACAUGAUUUCUUGACAAUGUUCAAAGAUGACGCAUUUCAAUGGAGGUUGGCUUAUUAAACUGACACAUUUGACUCCUUGAAUGAGCUAAACUUGAAGCUUCAGGGCAGAAACAACACUAUAAGAAGCAAUUACGAUUAUAUUCAGGGGUUCAUAUCAAAGCUUCAACUUUGGAAUCAAAAAGUGUCUUACGAAAAUGUUAUAUCUUUUUAUCGGUUGUUCGAAGCAAUUAAAAAUAACAUAAAAACUCAUUUGCAUGCGCUGGAACACGAAUUUCGCCGAUACUACCGAGACAUCAAUUCAGAGUCACCAAUAUGGCAUAUGACAAGAAAUCCAUUUGUUGUCGAUGUGUCACAAUUACCAGAAGAGGUUCAGGAAGAAUUUCGAGAAAUGAAGGCUGAUUCGUCCAUGAAAGAUGACUUCCAUCUUUUAAAAUUGGAGAAAUUUUGGACCAAAAGAUCGCCUGUUAAUUCGACACUUGCCUCUCUUGCUUUACGAAUACUAGUUCCUUUUUCUUUAACUUACUUAUGUGAGGCAGGCUUUUCUGCUCUAGUUUCAAUUAAAAUGGCAAAAACAGAACCUAGAAUCAACCAACUGGUACAGAACAUGCAAUCUCAAGUGUAUCAUUA